AUGGUAGAGUAUAGAGACGCUUUAGCACGGGUUCCUGACUCUACAGAAGCUGAGUUCCUGGAUGCUGUAGGACUCUCCGUCAGUGCCAAGAAUGGAAGUGAAGCUGGAGGUUUUGUUGUCGUCCAGCAUCAAGCGCAGAAAGCCGUGGCCCAGAUUCUGCUGGCUGGGCCGGAUGACAAUCGGAUCAGCGAAAUACACUUGGUUUCGGGACGCACCAAAAAGAAGACCCUGAAACUCCAGCCGCUGUUGCAGAGGGUGGUGACCAUGUCAGCGUCUCAGAACGGCGUGUGGCUGGUGGGUCUUCUGCUCUCUGGAGAACUUUUCCUGUGGAACAAAGACAAGGAUUCGUUGAAGACGGUCUCCGCUGUUCCUGAGGUUCAUCUGCUGCUUUCUGCCAUCAAAGGCUCAGCGACUGCGGUGCGGCUCUCUCUGCUGGUGUCGGGGAGCGCACACAGAGUGUUCCUGGCCGCUGUGACGGGACCGGUGUUCCUCUGGGAGUGUUCCUCAGCUCAGGAUCUGAGCGGCCCGCGAGACGCCACAGUCCCGGGGCGCUGGAGGCAGAUAUCAGACCAGCAGAACAUUCAGCUGCCCUCCACAAAAGACAAAGAGGCUUCCGUUCAUAGCGUGUUUGUGAGGAGCCAGGCAGCUGGUGACGUGUGUCUGAGCGCGUUUGUCUUCAUCGCUGAAGCGCAGCUCAUCGUCACCUUUCUGAAGAUCCAGUGGGACUCGACGUGGGACAACAAACUCAGUUCAGCGGGGUUCAGUGUUCGCUGGAUCUCGAGGUGCUACCCGCUCCACCAGCUCCUGCCUCCGUGUAGACCGGUGAAGUCCAGAGGCGCUCUGGUCCCUGCGUUCUCUCCAGACGGUCAGCUGCUAGCCGUCGUCCUUAACCAGAAAGACCCACAGGCGACGCAGGUGUUGUUCAUCAGCACUCAGAACUUUGUGACCGUGUCCAGUCUGUUAGGAGGAUGUGGCGUUAAGACGCUCAGUUUACCAGCAAAAUAUGUGAGGUCGUACUGGGCCGGGUCUGUGAGCUGGACUCCAGAAGGUCUGUAUCUGGCCUGUGUGCUGAAGAGAGGCUCUCUGCUCAUGCUGGCGCGUCUGGGAGGACUCGUCUCGCUGUCCACAACAGGAUGCAGCAUUGAGUUUGGUGCCGCCCACUUCCUGCCGCUUCACCCGCUGGUCACCUACAGACCUGCGGUGGCUGUGCAGUCUCAGGACGGCGGCGUGUCCAGCUCCAGCGUGUCGCUCCGUGACCCCAUGAGACAGCGCUACUCCGUCACGUGGCAUCCUCGCCAGCCGCUCCUCAUCGUGUCGGACGGCUACAUGGUGACCGUGCUCAGGACGAGCGAGCGGCCGUCUGCUGCCGCCGUGAUGAGCGCCGCCCUGCUGGACGCUGCGCAGGGGCUCGAGCACACACGGAGGGUCCUGGGCUCGUCUCAGCCUCAGCUCAGGUCCAGGCUGGAGUCCAUGUCCACUCUGAUGUUCACAGCAAGCCUUAAAGAGGCUCUUAAAGAGAAAGAAACGCCGCUGUCUGCUCUACCUCUGUACCUGCGGGACACAGCAGACCUCACACAAUAUACGGAGAGAACCCAGGAUGAGGAAGACCAUGAUUCUGAUGAAGGUCCGUAUAGCUGCUCACGCACGGAGGACAGAGGCAAGCUGGAGUUUGCGUCUAUGUUUGACACUCUUCACGCUCGGACACAAACGCACUCGGAGCCGUCGUCCUCGGGUCUGCAGGAGGAUCUGGACCGGGUUCACAGGAGCCUCACGAGAGCCUGGGCUCUGGGCGUCUCUCUGGGCGGCUCCGUCCAGCAGAGAGAGCGUCUCCUCAGAUACACCGUCCUCUGCAUCGCUCGGCUCCUGAGCCUCCUGCGGGUCAGAGACAGAAGCUCGUGGGUCACUCACGCCCUGCACACCCUCCGCACGCUGCUGUCCUUCCUCCCGUGGGACGCCGGACGCACCGCAGGCCGAGGCUGUCUGGGCGUCACUGUAGAGCUCACUCGAUGUUUCGUGGACAUGUUUCUCCCGCUUUCCUCAUCCGACGUGACCCUUUCCUCCCAGAACUUCAGCGCAGCGCUCGUCGUCCUUCAGCGAGCGUCUCAGAGUGUGGAUCGGACCUACAGCCUCCCGCCGAGAGCAGUGCAUCAUGGGAAAGACGGUCAGCUGACAUAUUCCUCUGACAUAUUUUCUGUCCCACUGUUACAAGACGACGCUGAUGCUGAUGCCGAGACAGGAGCACAAACAGCACCUUCUAAUAGAUUGGUGGUUAUUUGGCGCGAUGUGUACAAAAGGGCUUUGCGCUACCAGGAGGAAUUACGUCACCACAGAGGCGUAAAAAAUGAGCUUCAGAAGAUGUCAGUUAUUAUUCCUCAAAUCCAGCAAGCUUUACAGUCGGCUGGAGACCGUCUCGAGGAGAGCCACACGCUGCGUAGCUUCAGCGGUGAACAGCACUUUAUUUUAGGAGAAUAUACGGAGAGCGUUCAGGUCUGGAGGACUGAGCUGAGGGCAGAGAGACAGAGAGGCGUCACUCAGUUUAUCGUCCUGCGUCUCUCAGCGGGUCCGAUGACGUGUUACCUGCAGACUCGCUGCUGCCUGGCUCUUCUCUACACGCUGCUCUUCCAGUAUCGACUGCGAGAGGCUCAAGGUCUGUGUGACCGGCUGGCGCGCCAGAUACAGACACCGGCAGGACCACAGGAAGAGGAUGAUGAGCUGGUGACCGAGGGUCCGGUGGGGCGUGAAGCGGCCUGUGCUGUGGUUCAGUCUCUGGGCAGGUUUAUGGCUGCGUACUUCACCAACCGGCCGCUCUGCAUCCUCCCUCCACACCGCGUCGACGUGCUGCCGCCUCUUCACUUACCACACGACGCCGGUGGCCGUGUGGUAGAGUUGUGUCGGACUCGUGUGGCGCUGGCGGUGCGCUCCGAGCAGCUCUCGGCGCUGUGGACGGUGGGUUACGCGCUGGAGCUCCUGCUGCUGGGGGGGUUGAUGCCUGAGGCCGCGUGGAUGGCGCUGCGGCUGGGCGACUGGAAGAUGGCCUCCGCCCUCGGCCUGGCCUACACCAGCUACUGCGGUGGACGGUCAGACAUCAGCAGCCUGCGUUGGAGAGAACUGCACCUUCCCUCCGAGCUGAAGCCUGCGGUGAUAUUCCAGCAUCAGCUGGAGAUGUUACUGGGCCGAAUGGCCGGGUCUGAAGGAGACGCUAACACAGGCACCGUGGGUGUCGAGGACGUGGAUCUGGUUCAGCUCUCUGUGCAGGAGAUCCUGAAGGCGUCCGUCAUGGCGGAGCUGGACAUCAUCUCUCAGCCUCUCACACGACUUCUGGACGCAGCCAAAGAGCGAGCCGCAUCACUUCCUGCUCUGGUUCCUCCUGCGUUCUACCUGCCCGCUCCUCCUCUGUACUGUCCACAGCCUUCGCCGAACACACAGGACUCUGUGAGAGAUGCCGCUCUGGUUCUGGAGAGGGAGUCUCGCUGUCGGGUUUCUGGGCUGGUUCAGAAGGUUCUGAUGCUCUUCAGGGCGGCACACGGCUCUCGGCCCGCGGCACAGUGGUACAUCAGCAACCUGCAGCGCUGCAGACACUUACUGCACAAGAUCUGGAAGAAAGCGUCCGAACCCAAAGCAGAGCUGAUUCCUGAGGGACUGAGGAAAUUCUCCACUCGUCGUGGGUUCUUCCAAUCAGGGCCCAGCAAAGACAUGGAUAGUGUCACUACGCAGAUCAUAAUAUGUUUUCGUGAGUUGUGUGCGCUCUGCUGGAUGCUCCAGGUGAGGGACCAGCUCAGCAUUUGCUGUAGAAGGUACCAGGCUGCAAGGCAACAGGAGAAAGACACUCAGGUCAGUGACGCGAGUGUGUCGGAUCUAUGCGUUGAGGCUCUGUGUUGGGCGCGCCGUCUCCUGCCGUUCUGCCGUUUCCUAAACGCAGAGGAAGCCCUGCAGGACUUGGUGCUCAGCCUGGUGUCUGAACUGCCGCCCAGUCGUGUGACGGCAGAAACUCUAGCGAAAGUGUUUCCUGAUGAGACUGAGUCUGUUCGUGUGCCGCUGCGGGAUAAAUACACGUCGCUGGUGCAGAGACUGAGACCUGUGAUAGUGCCAGACGCCUCGACACCAGAUGUGCCGCCAGGAAGCGAGAGGGAAGACGAGGGCGGCGAUACCAUGAUGAUUCUGAUCCAGGAUCAGCUGAGGCAGCGACGCCGGGAGCUUCGGCGCCUGGCAAAGUACCUGGGCACACCGGAGCCGUACCUGUGGGAAAGAGAGGAGGAGGAGGACAGGGGGGGUGCCGCCUCCAUACUGAAGCGCCUCUCUCUCGGGACUAGUUUGAGUGACAGCACGCUGACAGACUGUGGACGCCCCCUGGUGUACAGUGAAGGAGACACGGCCGAGACGCUGUCGGAGCCUCUUUCCCCAGAGCUGCAGACCAAAUCUGCACACAGUUCUAAGACAGCAAAAUUUCUGGAUGCACCUGAGAAAUCAACACAAGAAAGAAACGGAGAUAAAAGAUCCGGCUCAGAAGAACCCAAAGCACCAGACUGGACCAUACCCACAGUGGGAACCUGGGAGUUUGAGCUGGAGGACGAGGAGUACACGCUCUUCCUAGAGUUAUUCCUCAGCUACAUGCUGGGAAAAGACCGACUGGACGCGGAGGAGUCCGAGCUGCCUUUACUGAGUGCUUUCUCACAACAGCUCCGUACUAGAGAGCUGCACUCGGUGACCUUUGACAUGCUGACCACUCUCAAACGGCGUCAGAAGGAUCGGAAACGAAGCGAGCAAUUACCCGUCUUCCGUGCCGGUCACUGCUUCCAGACCCUCCCGGUUACUCCCGAACCUCCGUCGUCCAUCGGGCCGGUUCAGUCCGACACUCACGCUACGUCCCACUGGGUUCUUCCUGGACUCCAUACUGGGAAACAUCAAGGUCUUUUUGCCCUUCGUCGACACGCUACCCUAACGUCCAAAGAUGUUAAAGUAAAUUCGAUUGGCCCAGACGUCCAGUCACCAGGCUUUAAGAUCCUCUCUCAGGCUGAAUUGGAUGUUCAGAUGGAGCUGGACUCCUCUCUCGAGGCCCGGUUUCCUCAGCUGGCCCGGUUGCUGGAGUGGAUGAUGCGCUGGGCCGACAGGCGGGUUCUGCUCUCUCAGCCAAUCAGAAAGACCUCAGAGGGCUCCGGUGAUUCAGUGGUCAUCAGGGUCAAAGCCUCGACCCCUGCAGUGCUGACAGCGCUGGAGCUGCUAGAGCGGAGGUACAGCGCCGCCCUGCUGGGAGAAAACUUUAAUCACGCCCAUAUUGAGCGUUACUCUCCUGCGCUCCGUCAGAGGGAGGAGUCUGUCGCUCAGCCAAUCACGGGCUGGAGGCGGGACAGAGAAAGCAGUGUGGACACAGGUUACCCGGGGUCAGCGGAGACGCCCAUCACACUCCCGGAGCUGGACGUCCAAGAUGUGGAUGAAGCCGAGGAUGUCGAGGAUCAAACGGACGAUCAGCUGGACACCGUGAUCUCUGAUGAACAGAUCCGAGACAUCACACAGACGUCUGCAGCUACAGACGAUGAGAGCAGCGCCGCUGAUGUCACCGAGGCAUCACGGGCCAAUCAGAGCAGAGCUCACAGAGAUCAGACAUUAGCUCUGGCUGAUCUGCAGCGUCCAGACACAGAGGAACACUCACAAUCGGAGGGAAACCACGUCUCCUGUGCGCCGCUGGACAGACCUGAGCUCUCGGCUUCAGGCGGCGUUCAGCGGACAGACGGACCGUCGUUACCCAUGAGCCUCGGCGCUGAACCCCAGACACACACAGACCCCGUCAGACAGCUGCUGCAGGACGAGCUCUUCAGACUCGUGCAGCUGCAGCAGAUCAACUUCAUGAGUCUCAUGCAGGUCGUGGGAGCGUCGUUCUCAAACCUGCCUCUGUCUCAAGCCAGCGUGCUUCAGCCCGGAGCGGUUUUACCUCAGACCGCUGCGAGACCUGCCCAGUGCCAGUCUCAGCACGUCUGUAUUACCCAGAAUGCCCAGCACACUGCAUGUGAUGAUACCAGCCUCCCAACACGAGCCGCCGGACCGGAAAGGGUUAAUAACGAGCGGGAUUUGCAUCCUGCGAAUCUGGAUUCUGGAUCUGAUCUGAAUCCACGUAAUGAGAUGGAACGGAGAAACCCAACCCGCAAACCUCAGGAAGUCCAGCAGUUGAGCGUUCGGUCAGACUGGCCGCCGGAGGACGGUGGAUCUCAGGGCAGGAGUCUGAUCCCGACGUCCCGAGGGCUUCUGAGCACCGCUGAUAAUCAGGCGUCGUCUGCAGCUCCAGUAACACACGGACUCAGACUCCUGCAUGCUCCUGUGAGGGAGGCCUGGGGUCCAGAUCUCGCUCGGUCUGACCCCUCCUGCGUCCGGCGAGCAGCAUCAGCGGCUCCUCCGUGUCUCCUUCAGACGCGCCGCUGUAGCGCUCAGACGAGUCCAGCAGCUCAGCCUCCUGCUCCUGCGCUUCCUCUGCUGCGCUUUCACCCGGAGACCCAGCCACGUAUCCCACAAUCCACCACGGCAAAACCGCCCAGUCUGGGCCACUAUCCCAGAAUUCAGCUGCUGCACAGAGAGCCUGAUCCACCCGCCGCGGUUCAGCGCUUCAGCAGGGCUCCGGUACGAACGCCUCGUCUCAUCCCGCUGCAGGAGCUGUUGAGAUGGGCCGCAGCGAGGCAGACGAGCGCCGAGAGCAAACUACAGCUCUUAAAGACCGACCCUGUCCCGCAGAACAAGAGCACGAGCUGCCCAUCCAUCAAGAGACGGAAGAGGAGAGAGGAGAAGAAGAAGAUUGCAGUCACUUUCAGACCAGAUGACUCCAUCAUUCCUCCGGAGGAGCUACAGACGUCUCUGGAUCCCAAAACUCCUGCAGAAGAUGUGCCAGAUCAGAACGACGCUUACACCUUUCCUUUAGGCUCCGUGGACUCGGAGUUGUCGGGGCAGCGGUUGUUGGAGAAGGCUUACGUCACCUCGGCUGAGCUGCAUGCGUUCGCCUCCACGCAGAAGACACCUCCUGGAAUCCAGGACGCCUGUACAAACACUGAAGCGGAACCGUCUCGCUCCGUCACAGAUAAAGCCGUUUCUGUCCAGCUGCCUUCAUCUCCCAGCAUGCCAUCUGCUCCUGGAGGAGAGCUGAUAGAUGUUGCUCCUGUAGUUCCUCCUGACGUUUUCUUGAAUCUUCGCUACUCUAAAGAAAAAUCAUCAGAUCCGGAGAACAGAAGCCCUGCGGAGUCUGACGCAGAUCUUAAUCCAGAAGGACGACGGUUCAUUAACGUGAUCGAUCUGACCGACGACUCUCUGCUUCAGAAUCUGCCUCCGUCGCCGCCCUCAUCUGCUCAGCUCCACCUACUAGCGGCCUCUGUCGUAAACCCCGCCCACAAACCUGACCUAAGCUCCGCCCCUGACAACACUGAGCACUUCACUGACGAGCUGGCUGGAGAGAAUCCAGGUACACUGCUAUUUUACAUGGAGAAGCACUAA